CCGCCCCCGGGGGAUUUGGUUAAUCCCUGGGCAGGGCUAAUCCAGCCCCGGGGCACCGGGAACCGCGCGGGGACCGGAGCUGCGCAGCCAUGGAUAUCGGCGGCCUGGAGACGGUGGUGGCCAACUCGGCCUACGUAUCAGCCCGCGGCGGCGGCGGCGGCGGCUCGGGAGCUUCGGGACGGGACCGACGACAACGCGCCCGUCUCCGCUUGCCCCACAUCUCGCAGUGCGAGGCCCUACGAGCCCGCCUGGCCGGGGGGGACCCCGCUCGUGGGGGUCACGGGGUUCAAAAUGGCGUCACGGCGGGGAAAAACGACGUCGCGGGGGCCCAAAACGGCAUCACGGGGGGAAAAAGCGGUGGCGGAGGGGCACAAAAUGGCGUCCGCGGGGCACAAAAUGGCGGUGGAGGGGACCAAAAUGGCGGCUCGCACGGAGGCGGCCAUCUUGUGGAGGAUACUUCCUUCCGGUGGCAGUGCGUGGAGCAGCCAAUCGGGAAGCUGCUGUUCCAGCGGUUCCUGGAAGGGACGCCGGGAUUGGCCGCGGCGGGGGCGCUGUGGGCGGAGCUGGAGGCCUACGAGCGGUGUGAGGACGCAGAGCGAGGCGGGGCGGCUGCGGCCCUGAGGGGGCGGUUCUUCACCCCGGGCGGGGCCGAGCACUGCGGCUUCCUCAGCGCUGCUGCCACGGCACCGCCCACAGGUGCCACCGCCUCCGCAGAAGCCUUUGGGCAAGCGCGACGAGAGUUACUGGCCCACCUGGAGGCGGUGGCCUGGUACCCGUACCGAGCGUCACCGGAAUUCGGGCGCUUCGUGCAGUUCAAGUGGCUGGAGGGGCAGGCGGUGGGCGCCGAGGCCUUCGUCGACUUCAGGGUGCUGGGCAAGGGCGGCUUCGGCGAGGUCUGUGCCUGCCAGCGCCGCGCCACCGGCAAGAUGUACGCCAACAAGCGCCUCAACAAAAAGCGCCUCAAGAAGCGCCAGGGCUACGAGGCGGCACUGGUGGAGAAGCGGAUCCUGGCGCGGGUGCACAGCCGCUUCAUCGUCUCACUGGCUUGCGCCUUCCAGACCAAGACCGACCUCUGCCUCGUCAUGACCCUCAUGAACGGCGGCGACCUGCGGUACCACAUGUACAACGUGGACGAGGACAACCCCGGGUUUCCCGAGCCACGGGCCGUGUUUUACGCCGCCCAGAUCCUGCUGGGGUUGGAGCACCUGCACCAGCAUCGCAUCGUCUACCGCGACCUCAAGCCCGAGAACGUCCUCCUCGAUGAUGCCGGCCACGUCCGUCUGUCUGACAUGGGUUUGGCCGUGGAGCUCAAGGAGGGACAGAGCAAAACCCGCGGCUACGCUGGGACCCCAGGGUUCAUGGCGCCGGAGGUGCUGCGGGAUGAGGAGUACGACUGGUCUGUUGACUACUUCACGCUGGGGGUGACCAUCUACGAGAUGCUGGAGGCCAAGGGACCCUUCCGCAGACGGGGGGAGAAGGUGGAGAACAAGGAGGUGACACGGCGCAUCCUCCAUGACCCCGUCAGCUACUCAGACCGGUUCAGCCCGGCGGCGCGGGCGGCCUGCGAGGGUCUGCUGGCCAAGGACCCCAGCACCCGCCUCGGUUUCCGGGGCAACGACUGCGCCCAACUCAAGGCGCACCCACUCUUCGCCACCGUCAACUGGGGACGCCUCGAGGCAGGUUUGGUGCCCCCCCCGUUCGUCCCGGACCCCCGUCGCGUUUACGCCAAAGACCUGGGGGACGUCGGGGCCUUCUCCUCGGUGCGGGGGGUGGAGCUGGACGCGGGGGACACGGCGCUGUGCGACGCCUUCGCCUCGGGGACCGUCCCCAUCCCCUGGCAGGAGGAACUGAUCGAAACGGGGGUUUUCCAAGAAUUGAAUAUUUGGGGCCCCCCCGGGACGUUACCCCCCGAUUUAGAUCCCACCGGGGCACCCGGUGGCGGGGGGACACGAUCGGCUACUUGUCGUUUGCUGUGAUGGGGAGGGGUGUACCC